AUGAGGAAACAGGAUCUGAAACUCAACCUGGAACCAGCGACGCCUCAGUUGAACGUGUCAUUUAUUUUAAUAAAGAGGAGCAGAUCGAAGCUCAGAGGAACACAUGGUGGAGCUAGCUUCAAUCUUAAAUCUAAGCUGAAGCAGAAGUUCCAGUGUGUGUUUGAGGGGAUCGCUAAAGCAGGAAACCCAACCUUUCUGAAUGAGAUCUACACAGAGCUCUACAUCACAGAGGGAGGGACUGCAGAGGUCAAUGGUGAACAUGAGGUCAGACAGAUUGAAACAGCAUCCAGGAAACCAGACAGACCAGAAAUACCAAUCAGACAAGAAGACAUCUUUAAAGGCGCCACUGGAAGAGAUGAACCAAUCAGAACAGUGCUGACAAAAGGAGUGGCUGGCAUUGGGAAAACUGUCUUAACACAGAAGUUCAUUCUGGACUGGGCUGAAGGCAAAACCAACCAAGACAUCCAGUUCAUAUUUCCAUUCACUUUCAGAGAGCUGAAUGUACUAAAAGAGGAAAAGUUCAGCUUGGUGGAACUUGUUCAUCUGUUUUUUACUGAAACCAAAGAAGCAGGAAUCUGCAGCUUUGAAGACUUCCAGGUUGUGUUCAUCUUUGAUGGUCUGGAUGAGUGUCGACUUCCUCUGGACUUUCACAAAACUGAAGUCCUAACUGACACCAGAAAGUCGACCUCAGUGAAUGUGCUGUUGACAAAUCUCAUCAGGGGGAAACUGCUUCCCUCUGCACAUCUUUGGAUAACCACACGACCUGCAGCAGCCAGUCAGAUCCCUCCUAAAUUUGUAGAUAUGGUGACAGAGGUCAGAGGUUUCACUAGACCACAGAAGGAGGUGUAUUUUAAGAAGAGAUUCCCAGACAAGGACCAGGCCAGCAGGCUCAUCUCCCACAUCAAGACAUCACGAAGCCUCCACAUCAUGUGCAACAUCCCAGUCUUUUGCUGGAUCACUGCUACAGUUUUUGAGGAUGUGUUGAAAACUAGAGAGGGAGGAGAGCUGCCCAAGACCCUGACUGAGAUGUACAUCCACUUCUUGGUUGUUCAGGUCAAAGUGAAGAAGGUCAAGUAUGAUGAUGGAGUUGAGACAGAUCCACACUGGAGUUUGGAAAAUACAAAGAUGAUUGAGUCUCUGGGAAAACUGGCUUUUGAGCAGCUGCAGAAAGGAAACCUGAUCUUCUAUGAAUCAGACCUGACAGAGUGUGGCAUCGAUAUCAGAGCAGCCUCAGUGUACUCAGGAGUGUUCACACAGAUCUUUAGAGAGGAGAGAGGACUGUACCAGGACAAGGUGUUCUGCUUUGUCCAUCUGAGUGUUCAGGAGUUUCUGGCUGCUCUUCAUGUCCAUCUGACUUUCAUCAACUCUGAAGUCAACUUGUUUAAGGAGCAACAAAAAACAUCCCAUCAGUCUGAAACAGAUAAACACUUCUACCAGACUGCUGUGGACAAGGCCUUACAGAGUCCAAAUGGACACCUGGACUUGUUCCUUCGUUUCCUUCUUGGUCUGUCACUGGAGACCAAUCAGACUCUCUUACGAGGUCUGUUAAACCAAACAGGAAGUAGCUCAAAGACCAAUCAGGAAACCGUCCAGUACAUCAAAAAGAAGAUCAAUGAGAAUCUGUCUGCAGAGAAAAGCAUCAACCUGUUCCACUGUCUGAAUGAACUGAAUGAUCGUUCUCUAGUAAAAGAGAUCCAACAGUACUUGAGAUCAGGACGUCUCUUCACAGAUAAACUGUCUCCUGCUCAGUGGUCAGCUCUGGUCUUCAUCUUGCUGUCAGCAGAAGAAGAUCUGGAUGUGUUUGACCUGAAGAAAUACUCUGUUUCAGAAGAGGCUCUACUGAGACUGCUGCCAGUGGUCAAAGCCUCCAAGAAAGCUCUAUUGAGUGAGUGUUUCCUUUCAGAAAGAAGCUGUGAAGCUCUGUCUACAGUUCUCAGCUCUCAGUCCUCUAGGCUGAAACAGCUGGAACUAGGCAACAAUGACCUGCAACAUUCAGGAGUACAGCUGUUAUCAAUUGGAUUGAAGAGUCAACACUGCACACUUGAAACUCUCAGGAUGAACGGCUGUAACCUCUCAGAAAGAAGCUGUGAAAGUCUGUCCUUGGUUCUUAGCUUCCAGUUCUCCAGUGUGAGAGACCUGGAUUUGAGUAACAACGACCUGCAGGAUUCAGGAGUGACGCUUUUGUCAGCUGGACUGCAGAGUCCACACUGCAAACUGGAAGCUCUAAGUCUGUCAGGCUGUUUGGUCACAGAGAAAGGCUGUGAUUCACUUACGUCAGCUCUAACCACCAACACUACCCAUCUGAGAGCGCUGGACCUGAGCUACAAUCAUCCUGGAGAGACAGGAGUGAAUCUCCUGAAGCAGCUGACACUUGAGACUCUCAGGGUGGAGCCUGCUGGAGUCCGGUGGUUGAGACCAGGUCUGAGGAAGUAUUCCUGUCAACUCACAAUCGACACAAACACAGUACACAAGAACCUUAAGCUGUCUGACAACAACAGGAAGGUGACACAUGUGGAGGAGGUUCAGUCGUAUCCUGAUCAUCCAGACAGAUUUGAUGACCGUCCUCAGCUGCUGUGCAGAGAUGGUCUGAGUGGUCGCUGUUACUGGGAGGUCGAGUGGAGAGGCAGGGUUGACAUUUCAGUGAGUUACAGAGGAAUCAGAAGGAAAGGAGACAGUGUUAGGUGUUUGUUUGGUGGAAAUGAUCAGUCCUGGAGUCUGAGCUGCUCUGAAAAUCGUUAUUUUGUCUGGCACAAUAACCAAAAGACAUGUUUUUCUUCAUCCUCCUCCUCCUCCUCUGUCUCUAACAGAGUAGCAGUGUAUGUGGACUGUCCUGCUGGCACUCUGUCCUUCUACAGAGUCUCCUCUGACACUCUGAUCCACCUCCACACCUUCAAUACCACAUUCGCUGAACCUCUUUAUGCUGGGUUUGCGUUCAGGCCUGUUUCUUCAUUGUGUUUGUGUUCUGUUUAAACAUAAGAAAUCUUUAGAGUCACAGAUUUUCCAGGCAAACUGUUGAACAGAUAAUUCAGUCUGUACAUUUCUGUCUCUUUCCUUUUAACUUUGUCUCUUCAGUGCUUUAAAGGUUAAAAUACAAGAAAGCAUUUACAAAAAAGCAUUUACAAUAAAACAAUAAUCAAGACAAUAAUUUGUAUGAAAAUGGAAUGGAAAAACAAGCAAGUAGAAAGCCAUAAUAGGAUCAGUUACUUAUAAGCAAGUCUAAAUAAGUAAGUUUUAAUUUUAGACUUAAAAGAGUUAAGUCUAACUUAAUAUAGUGUCUCUGCAGCUUUGUAUUCUCCCGAUAGUGUGUUCCAGAUGUGAGAAGCAUAGAAACUAAAAGCUGCUUCUCCGUGUUUAGUUCUGGUUCUAGGGACAGUCAGUAAACUAGAGCUGGAGGACCUAACUGAUCCUGGUUUGUACUAGGGCUGCCACAAACGAUUAUUUUGAUAGUCGACUAGUCACCGAUUAUUUUUGCGAUUAGUCGACUAAUCAGAUCAUCCACCCAUUGGACGUAAAAUGUACAGCUUAUUGCACCAGCAUGCAUC